AUGCUCUCGCAGUAUUUGGAUACAGAAUAUCGGGCGGUAUCCAGUACGGACUUUAAAGGCGGCCUUAAGCUUGGAACUGUAAUCGAAGGUGUGCGUCGUACGACUGACCUCAGCGAGUCCGAUGCUUUCCUGUCAGCACUUCGUAUCGAAGAGCAGGUACGGGAUCGCAUCAGACAGUACCUAGGUCUUCCUGAUUGGUACGAUCUGCCAGAGAAUAAGGACAAGGUUCUUCCGCCAUGGAGAGUUUUCCCGCCUGCAGCCCGCUCGCACGCCGAGACUAUAAUACCAGUGAAAAUCCAGCCACAGAAAGAAGUCUUUGUACGACCACCACUACGGCUCGACAACGCUCGUCACCCAGAGUCUGAGCUGGAUCCUCGGUCAAGUGGCGUCGACGAGUUCGUCGGAAGCACUUUUGUCGGUUUUACGUACCGAGAUCAUAGCGGACGUCAUCUGUCGCCCGUGCCUCCACGCGCUCCUUUUGCUUCGACAAAGGUCUUCAAUGUUUCCUCCGCCGGGAAGAGCGCAGAUUCGACCCGGCCUGACCUCCAAGGGCCUCUGUACGCGUCAGACAGAAUAGGACACCCGAGCUUUCGAAGACUGUCCGUGGACUCUUGGAAGAGGAGAUGGAUUGGAAAGGCGCUGAAGUACCUCUACAUUGGGUCUCACAAGGGCAAAGCAGCCUUAUUGGCAGGCUGCGAGGUCAAAGACCGAGUGGGAGUGGUCUCGCACUAUCUGUAUCGAGAACCUCGCUCUCCUCUGUUGGCCGGUGGUUGUAUUGAUGUCAGUGUCGACUGUCGCAUCACAGGAUCAUUGGCUGGCGAACAGACAGAUCGUAGCAUCAUCCACAAGCCAACAGAUCAGACCCUGGAGCAGGACAUUUCGGAGACCAGGAGCACGGAAGCCAAAUCUGGCAAAGCCAGCGCGAGAGAGAGCAUCCGCAGACCGAAGCGAGCGGCAGUCGUGCAAGCAUCCCGCAAAGGACUCGAGAGGCGGUCUCGAGCAACAUCCCUGGAGAAGAGCAGACACGCAAAGGUUUCUGCAAGAAUCCAACGUGACGUCGCUCACGAAAGGAGGAGUAGCCCGCCAGGGCACGCAGGGCCCAAUCGAACGACAACGAAUCAUAUUCGCCAGAACGAAAUCCCAUCUGGCGAUAGCAGCAAGACACCAUCGCAAUCCCGCACCCGUGUUCCCUUCAGAAAGCUCCGAAGCGACAGGCCUAUCUGCAUAACGCGCGGACGGGCCUUUUGGCAAGAGCGGCCUCCCGAAGACAACACAAAAGCAGCCAGCAUGUCCCGGAACUCCGAGCUGCAGUACAUCAUGGAUCUCGUUCGCCCCAGCACCCUCCCGGGCAGGGGACCGGCGUCUGCGUCCCCGGAACGCGCCGCUGGCAAAGAUAACACCCCAUCGACCGCCUCCCCAGCGCGUUUCGUCCGCACAACUGGCUCGACCCCCACAUAUUCAGCCUUUGGGAAAUUCAGCGCCAUCAUGACCGGGAACAAAGUGUGGUUCCAAGACCAGGUGUCCAACGCCGCGCCGACUUUCACGUCAUUCGACCCCAUGAAGAGAGCCAAGGCGCUCGGGGAAAGUCACGGUGAGAAGAAGGGUACCGGGGCUGCGGACGAGUCUGUCAAGGAGGAAAGCAGGGCUGAAGGGAAAUGA